AUGCAACUUUUUUCCUUUAUCUUCCAAACUGUUUGCCUAUUUGGUUGCAUUUUGGCUUUAAGUAACGCAAACUGUGGCGCUAAAUACCGUGGCGUCGGUCUGUGCAAAAUGUUAAUUACAAAAGUUGUUUAUAUACCAAGUGAAAACAUAUGUAAAAGGGUACACAUUACAGGAUGUUCAGCCGAUGGAACUUUCUUCAAGAGCAUUAAAGCAUGUGAAACCAAGUGCAUGGGAUAG